GUCCCUUUACGCGGGCAGCGUGGCUAUUCAUCGUCGGCAACCACCGUGAGAGAAACGACUAGCGACGCGAUCGACCUCAAUCAUGAGUGGAGCGCUCCGACUGGCAAAAUGCAGGCUGCUGGCCACCGCACUCGUAGCACUGUUUCUGGCAAACCAAGCUGUCGCUGAUGGCAAGAAACCGAAAGGGAUUGCGGACAAAGUUGGGGCCAAAGAUUCGUCUGACAGUGACCUGAUCGGCGAAAGCACGGGAUACAAGCACAGGCGUAUCAAUAAGGCAUCUUCGCUCGAAGUGGACACUCCUUUGGAGCCCGUCGGCUACCAACACCAGGAAACUUACGAACGCCCUGGGUACGCCAAGGGUUACGCAAAGCUUCGAGGCGCGACGUAUGGCAAGAUCAGCUACAGCCGUGAUGAUUCCUACCGGAAGGAGCCCGGUUACGAAAGUCCGUCGCUGCACGAGAGGGUCAACUACGGCAAAGUGAAGUACAGCCACGGAAGCGACGACGCUGAGGGCUACAAGGAGAGCGACGACUCUAGACCUGGCACCGCAGCUUAUGACGGUAACACGUACAAUAACGAUGGCUACCUGACGCCCAUCUACAAUCGAGAAGACUACGUCCGAGGGAGUCACCACAGGGGAAUCUAUCGCCACAAGAGCCGCCCGCGCGGAAUGUCCUACAUACCGGUCCAAUACGCCCGCGAAGUGUACACGUACGAACAAGGAGACCAGCCAGCUAGAGGACAGGUCGGCUACUCCUCACGGGUCCACAACAACAAGAUUGGCAGCAGCAGCUCGGUGUUCGACGGGGGUAGCUACAAUUACGCCGACACCGAUCGUUACCAGACCGAGGGCGGCGACUACGAUUUCGGCUCGAACAAGCCACUUUUGCAGCCGGGCUCUUCUAUUCAGGGCGGCCUAAGCAUCUUUGGUGGUUACGGACAGGGAAAUGGCAACUUGCGGUACCGAGACUUUGUCCCGUAUUACGGCUCGGACGGAUACUACAGCCGCCACGACAACGGAGCUUAUGGGCUCCAGAGCUAUGGCUCCGGCGUUCGUGAAGCUCAGGCCAAGCCGUACGAAGAGUACAGUAACGCUCUAAACGAAGGCGGUUUCGACGAGGCGUACGCAGGGCAGAGCCAAAGGUACGGCGCGAAGUUCUCGUCGGGGAAGAAGACGCAGAAGCAAAAUGGCAGGAACCGCGGCGGGCUAGGAGCAUACAUAGUCGGCGUCGAGUACAUCGGCCGCACCCCGGUUCUCGUGCAGUCACAACCGCCGCGCAACGCACCCUCCAAGGACGAACCCUAUUGGAAGUGACGACCCCGACUGCUGCAGAGACAUCUAUCGCCCCCCCAAAUGUAUAUCACUCAUAAAGUUGUCGCCCU